AUGGCGGAGGGUCUGGAGCUCCCGCGCGCGCGCUCGGACAGCUCGUCCAGCAACACGUCCCAGUCCACCACCGGCCGGCUGAUGCUGCGCCAGCGGCUCUCGCAGCUGCUCACCUGCGUGGAGGACCUGAGCUCGGACGAGGAGACCAACGAGGAGGUGUCCCGCACACUGGACGAGGCCUUCAGCCUGUGCGGACGCUGGACCAGCAAAGACCUCUUCAGUCUCUUGCGAUCAGGCUUGCCCAAGUCCGGCAUGUAUUACCGUGGAAUGGCCAGUGUGUGCCAACCUGCGUGUCCUUCUGUCCUCUCCCUCAGACUCCACAUGGUCACGUGGAACGUGGCGACAGCGGAACCCCCUCGUGAUGUCACCUCUCUGCUGCGGCUGGACGCGCCGGCCGCUGCUGACCUCUACGUGAUUGGUCUGCAGGAGGUCAGUGCCACACCAGUCAGGUACAUAUCAGACCUCAUCGCAGAGGACUCCUGGAGUCACCUCCUCAUGGACACACUGGCACCCAAAGGCUAUGUUAAGGUUACUUCAAUAAGAAUGCAAGGCCUUCUGGUGCUCCUGUUUGCCAAACAAGCCCACGUUCCUUUCAUCAGGAAUGUCCAGACUACUUAUACACGCACAGGCAUCUAUGGCUACUGGGGCAAUAAGGGCGGAGUGUCCAUCCGUUUCUCGUUCUACGGACACAUGCUCUGCUUCCUCAACUGCCACCUGGCUGCGCACAUGAACUAUGCACUGCAGCGGGUUGACGAGUUUGAGUACAUCCUCGACUCCCAGGACUUCGAUGUCGACAACACACCGAACAUCCUUGACCACAAAGCGGUCUUCUGGUUUGGUGAUCUGAACUUCCGUAUCGCUGACCACGGGAUGCACUUCCUGCGCUCAUCCAUCGAGGGCGGCCGCUUCAACCUGCUGUGGACGAAAGAUCAGCUUACUAUGAUGAAGAAGAAGGAACCUCUGUUGCAGCAAUUUGAGGAGGGGCCUUUACAGUUCAAACCCACCUACAAGUUUGACAGAAACUCUGAUACCUAUGAUUCCAGUGGCAAGAAGAGGAAGCCGGCCUGGACUGACCGCAUCCUGUGGCGAAUCCGACCCAAGAUGGACGAUGAUGAGGGCUCCACGUCGUCGCUAGUGGACGAUGACGAGGAGUACCCCCUGAAGGUGGCGCAGGAUGUCUACACCUGUAACAUGGAGUACGGCAUCAGUGACCACAAGCCCGUCAUCGGCAUCUUCACCUUGGAGCUGCGUAAGAGGUUUGAGAAGCCUCUGGUGGCCUUGGAGGCGGAGGGCGUGUGGAGCGCUGACGAGGAUGUUCUGGCCUCCUACACCAUCCAGGAGGCCUUCCCCGCCUCCGCCUACGACUGGGUCGGCCUCUACAAGGCUGACUUCAAGAGCCCCCAUGACUAUGUGGCCUUUUCCUGGGCAAAAGAUUAUGAGGUUCCCAUUAAUGAUCUUGUGAAGGUGUGUAUGAGGGGAGACGACCUUCCGCUGCUCUCUGGCCAUUAUAUCCUCGGCUACUACAGCACCAACAUGCAGAGCAUCAUUGGACUCAGCCCAACUUUUCAGAUUCAGGAAUCCAAACAAGCUGUCAUGGAUGGUCUUGUGCCGGAGAACAUCAAUGGACUGGACAAGUGAGACAGCCCAGAGGUCCCACAGAGAGAGAGAGAUCCACUUGACCGCCGGCUGCGACCGAGCUGAACAUUGCUGCGCACCUGCCGUUAGCCGCCGUUUGUUCUGCGCGCCUUCAAUGCGUCUCCAAAUGAUGUACUUCUCACCAUGUGUGAUUGUGUCAGUGGAAGAUCAGUUCUUUGAUGAGUUCUGUCGUAAGUCUCUUGUGCUUUUAGGCUUUUAUUUCCUCUUUUAUUAUGUCAUUGCUAUUGUUUUGUCUCUCUCUGCGCCAAUGAGAGCACC